CUAUGUAUUAGAUCUAAACUAUGAUUUCCACUAUCGUGACCAAAUACCAUUUACCGAAAAAGAUAAGAGGAAUAAUACUAUUGCCGACGUUUCAAUGGGAAUAGUUUUGGCAUUUGUUUUGUAUAAAUGUUACUCUGAACCUGAGCAUUUGCUUGGAGAUUUUCCAUAUCCUGAUUACUCAGAAUGGACUGAUGAAGAAUUGGGAGUACCACCAAUUGAAUAAUUAUAUAUUAUUAUUUAUUCAGUUAAAUGUAGUAUACAAUAUAUAAUCCAGAAAAAGUUCUAUGAAAAAGUGAAUAAUCCAAAAUAAAUAUUACAUUGAUUGUUAA